CGAGGAGUUUGUGUAUUCCGGGUCACCUUAGUGAGCUGAAGUUUAUCGGCACUGUCAGCUUUAUUUUAAUACUUCAGCUCUGCUUUGUGUGCUUCUCUGCUAUCUCUGCGUUACGAACAGUGUUCACACCAUGGCACAGUCUGAUGUUCCAGUGUCUGCUGCAGCAGCUGGGAGCCUAGCCGAGGAGUUUGCUGUCCCCUCUCAUGUCGAGGAGGUCAAGAAAGUGAUGUCAGAAUUUGCUGAGCAACACGAAGCUGCUGGCCGCAGGGUUGUGUUGAUAACUUCAGGCGGCACCAAGGUUCCUCUGGAGUCCAGAACGGUUCGCUUCCUUGAUAAUUUCAGCAGUGGCCGGAGGGGGGCUUCUUCUGCUGAGUAUUUUCUUGACUCUGGUUAUGCUGUGAUCUUUCUACACAGACAUCGCUCUCUCUACCCUUACACGCGACUCUACACAGGGAUCAAUCUGCUAGACAGUCUGAAAUUUGAGCCGGGUGAUGAGGACACUAGCCGUGUGUUGUUGAAUAAGAAGGAGCUUCCGAACAUUGUAACAGUGCUGAAACGUUACCAGGCUGUGAAAGCGGCAGGCUUACUACUGCCAGUGGAGUUCAACACUUUGUCAGAGUAUCUUCACCUUCUCAAAGCUGCAGCACAGGCGCUCAGUUCAAUAGGUUCCAAGGCUAUGUUUUAUUUGGCUGCGGCUGUUUCUGAUUUCUACAUCCCAGCGUCUGAAAUGCCAGAACAUAAAAUCCAGUCUUCAAAUGGGCCUCUACAGAUAAGCAUGAAAAUGGUUCCUAAGAUGCUGAGACCACUAGUGAAGGACUGGGCUCCAAAAGCUUUUGUCAUUUCAUUCAAGCUGGAAACUGAUCCAUCCAUCCUUCUGGAGCGUGCUCGUCGAGCUCUGGACACGUAUAAUCACCAGGUCGUGGUGGCUAACAUCCUGGACACACGACGCGGUUACGUAGUCGUUGUGACCAAAAACUCUCAGCAGGAGCUGAGUCUCACAGAUGAGGAAGUUCAGAAGGAGAUAGAAAUCGAAGACAAAAUCGUCCGCAAUCUCUUAGCUGCACACACACACUUCAUGAGCCAAUAAGCUGUCUUAUGACAAGAAGCGUGUUGUUCAGUUUAUGUCAAAUGGUUGAAGCAAUGUUUUGGCCAAAAAUCAAACUUAAAUUAUUUUCCCCUUGCUUCCAGUGUAGUUGAUCAACCAAGACAUGUUUGGUGUCUGACAUUUGCUAUUUUAGUUUUGCACUGGAGUUGUGAGGCUAAUUAGCCAACAAGUAAUGGAUGCUUAUGUAUACCAAUUAGCAUUGUGCAAACUGCAUGCCUAAUUCAUCACACAUUUGCCUCAAACUGUGCAAGUUGUGAAGUAAUUUCAAAUGUGUUUGGUUACCUGUUUUUGACACUGAAUUAUUAACUUUAGUUAGUUAAUAAAAUGUACAAAUGAAAAAUGAAACAUCCAGUUGUGUUAAUUUCAGAAAGUAAUUGGAUGUAUUAAGAAAAUCAAAGAAAACUUACCAGUAGGUUUUUUUAGUCAAUGGGUUUGGGAUAGUAGAUAGAUGAUCUGCUCAUCAGCUCACAACAUCAUUAAUAUAUGAGAAACACUUAAUGUCCAAUAACUGGUGUUCAGUAGUGCUCAAAAAUGUGACUGAGUUAAAACAUUUUAUGCUGCUCUUUGUUGAGAAAUUUUUUUUUGUCAAAAUGACUAACACACAAGCCCCAUAUGAACCCCCUUUAUUUUGGCCUUAUUCAGGAGCGCCCUCUACUGUCUGACUGAUCCAGAAGACAUUGGGUGGCAAUUCUCCUCUAGAAAUGAUCUGGUAUAAUAAUCUUCCUUUACUUGUGAGCUGCAUUAGCCUCAUAGCUCAGGUGCAAAACUAAACAAAUGAAAUUCAGACACGUCACAUGUCCGAACAAUUUAAGGUAUAGGUCUAUAUAGGUAGAUCAGUGCAAACAGACAGUUCAUUCAGUUCAUGUAAAAUUUAAUUACAUUCAGUGUAAUUUAGAGAACUAUAAUGAACUCCUCCAUCUGUGAAGAGUAUCUAAUGUGACGUGCCUGUGAAAACCCUACUACAGACGUGUCAAAUCUUAUUUGCAAAGGCCCAGUGUGGGUGCAGGUUUUUGCUCCAAACAAGAGCUCACCUGAUUCCAGUCUCAGUCUGUAAACAACUGUUAAUGAAAGCUCCUGCUUUGCUGCAGUGAGAACAUACAGCCUCAACAGUCCUUUGUGGAUAAGAUUAGAUACCUCUGCCUUACUGUAAAAACAUUCCCAAGCAUGUCUUUUCCAGAUGUUUUACUGAUCUGUGUUGUCAUGUCAUUUUUAGUUAUGCAACACUUGAGAUUGAGUGGAUUGGUCCUUGUAUGGCUCAAAAAUGCAACUCCUUCAUUUUGUCCAGAACUGAAUUCAUUUGUCCUGAUCAAUUUUGACAUGUCUGCACUCAAAAUUGAUUUUAAAGAAGAAUUCUAACAUUAUACAAAAAUUAAGCUUAGCUCAUUUAUUGAGAUAUAAACAGUCAUUCUGAGGGGUUUGACAUGAGAAACUUACCAAUUCUAAUGCAUUUACAGUGGUGGUUAUAGGAGUUGUGAUGUCUACAAUGCAAAUACAGCAAUUUUAUUUUCAAGUGAACCUACAGAUGUUUCAGAAAGUUAAUAUGUAAAUGUUUAUAAUUGUAAAAUAGUGGUAA